UGGAAGAGUCGAGGAGUAAUAUAAUAAUAACAUCUUCGAUGCGUUGAGGAUUCCUUCUGCUUAAUAAUCCACCAGGACUGUGACAUACUCCGCACUCCGCACAUUCAUCGAUAAUUGUCGAUGUGGUGAAGCCAGUUUUCAGAGAAGGAAAUAAGGCGUUAAUCAGAAUUUAGACUCGAUAAAUACAAGAUGGCUUCUGUGUGGACGGCAGAGCUUGAUAAAAAAGAGCACAAAAACUGGGUAAUGGUUGGAUGUGCCCUCAAUAUAACUAAAAAUGGAAUUACACAGCUUAUCCAAAGGAAAAUGGAAACCUGGUACCAAUACCUCAUUUCCAGCCCUCCUCUGCAUUCACUUUCCCCACAUACCUGUACACGUCACUCGUCCAAGUGUGCCACUUGCACCACAUGGAAGAAGGAGCUAGAGCGCCUCCACAAGUCCCCACGACCAAAGAUUUGCUGGGACAACAGCGAUAGACAACAAUGGGGAUCUCCGACUGGGGCAUGGGAAAUUGCAAAGGUCUUCAUGCCCACAUUGGGAACACGGAAAGGAGUCAUCACAGAUUCCAACACGACGGAUAUUGGCGGGCUUCUAAACAUAUUAGAGUGGUGUCCAUUCAUCAAUCCCACGGUCAAUCGAGCCGUUCUGAGUGCAGUUCGGGACAAGGGAAGAAAUCACUGGGCCCAUUCACCAAAACAGGAACUUGAAGAUUCAGAAGUCAACACCAUUUUUGGACACCUUAACAAUUUGCUGAAUGACCCAGUUUUCAACACGGAUAAAGAGGCGCAGAAGUCUGCUAAAGAUUUACAAGACCUUUCUCAUGAUGGGCUGUUGACGGCGAGGGAAUCCGAAGUACGUGCUCUUCAGUUGCUGCGUCAGACGCUUGUUACGGAUCUAGUUAAGUGCAAAGAGGAUUUAUCAGAAGUACAGAAUCAAGGCAAAGAAAACAGAGUAGAGACUGUUGAGCUAAGGGAGCAGCUUGCGGGGCUGGCUGCAGAGGUACAUGCUACAAGAAGCGACCUGAGAAAAGGCCAGGGGGAACUACUUGAGGCUCAAGGGAAUGUUAGGCAGCUUGACGCAAAGAUAACGAAGAGUGAAGAGUUUUUCCGCAAAGAAAUAUUCGAACUGAAAGGACAAAAUGAAAUGCACCGAGAAGAGAUUGUCAAACUUAGACAGCAAUGCAGUGACAUCGUGGAAGGAGACAGAGACCUAAAGAAGAAACUUUCCCAGAUUAUAGCAACAGUUGAAAAUUUCAAUAGCUUAGUUAAUGAGCGAGAUGAUUUGCAGGGUUCCUUAGAAGUUAUCAGCGAGGAUCUGGACGAGGUAGCAAGCUGCAUGCGUAACAUUGUCUUGGAACUCAACAUAACAACAAAUAAAGUGGCCAACUUAGGGAUCAGCCUCGAUAGCGUGAAAUCUGAAGUGAAAGAAGUGAAAAGUGAAGUUGAAACUUUGAAAGAGAAAUCUUCAAAUGGACAAGAAAAAAAAGAUAUUGCCGCACUUUGUACCGCACCCUGUAGAUUACAGGAAUUUACUGGGCGUGAGCCCGCUCUGGUUUGGUUAGAACAGAAUUUGGUGCCUGACAGGGACUCUGCAUAUUUUUCAGAUACGUCUUGCUGCACAAAAACCAUUUGUGGCCUUGGAGGAUGCGGAAAGACUUCAUUGGCUGUAGAAUUUGUCUGGAGAAGUAAGAAACACUUCAAAGGUGGAGUGUUCUGGAUUAACGGGGAAACUGAUGAAAAUGUAAGCAAAUCAGUUGCUGAAAAUCUUGCUCUACUAAACAUCCCUGCGUCGACAGGUGAGAAUCUUGACGACUCCCUGAACAGAUUUCUGGCAUUUUUAUCGAAUAAGAGUUAUCCAUGGCUUCUUGUAGUAGACAAUGCAGAUGAGUUGACAAGCCCGAAGUGUCCCAGCGGUGUGAUCAAAAUAUGCAAAGGGCCCUGGCAAAGGAAUGCAAAAGCACCAAAGUAUGGACACAUACUGUUCACCACCAGGCAAAAUGCGAAAGAUAUCAAAACGCUGUUGAAGCUGUUGCCCAAAGAUUGUUGGGAGCUGCAGUCUUUCACUGAAGAGGAAGGCGCCCUGUUUCUAAUGCGAAGAACAGGUCUUGAAGGGGAAUCCCCUUACAAGGAAGCAAUCGAUCUGGCAAAAGAACUGGGAGGUCUUCCAUUGGCCCUCGAGCAAGCAGCGGCUUACAUAUCUGCGCUCCCCAUUCCUUGUACCUUCAAAGCUUACCUCGACAAGUACCGAGAUGUAAAGCUCCGUCUCUUAGAGCAGCAGCCAGUAACAGCUUUUAGUGUAGAGGCUCAGCAUCGCUUAUCUGUACACACCACCUGGGAAAUGAAUUUUGAGUUUGUAGCUGAAAAAUCGCCUGCUGCCGCCACCAUGAUGCGUAUCGCAUCCUUUCUAGAGUCUGAAAAUAUUCCUUUCGAAGUCAUCAAUUCUGGACUUCCUGUGCUGGAUCAAGUCGAGUUAAGAAAAGCUGCGUCCUCUGAGAUUGACAUCGCUGCAGUCCUCAAAUUACUGACCUGCUAUUCUCUUUUCUCAGUGGAUCAGAAGAGCAGAGUAUUUGGUGUCCACAAACUCGUUCAAGAAGUGGUUCGUGAUAGCCUGAGUACACCCGUAAGGACAAAAACAUUAAAUGCGGCCAUGCGCCUUCUACAUCAUGCACUCAGAAAGAAGAGUGAGUCCAGUUUGAAGUUGAAUCGUGAAUUUGUAGAAAACUGGUCAGAAUUAAACGAAGAAGACCGAAAUAUCAUCAUUGCACUUUUGCUAAAUAUUCGAAAGUUAAAAGAUCAUCUACAAUCAGAAUUAAAAUCGUCAACGGAAAAUUUUGUCCAUUGUACUUGCAAAGAUCGCACUUUUAUCGAAUUAUUCGGAUUUGUUAAUAGGCUAAUUAGAAUGAACAUAUUUUUUAAUAAGCUGAAAGCUGAAUUAUCAGAAUUUGAGCUGCAAGUUGAAAUACUGUGGAAUCAUGAAGAUCCCAAUAGAAUUCUUGAUGUGAUGGCAAACACAUGUGUCAAUAAAAGAAACUGUAGUGAUGUCAAAAGCUACAAUGAAGCAAAGAAACUCGCCGAGAAAGCAGUGCAGAGGCUUCAUGAGUUUGAGAAUUCUGGAGCAACCAUAGAUGAAGAUGUAAAAUAUAGAAUUCUUGAGCACCAGGCUUCCUAUUACGCAAUGGAGAAACAGUGGGAAAAAAACCACAAAGCGUUGCUAGAACUUGAAAGCCUGAAACUAAGUCCUGCUAAUUUCGUUGAUCUUCAAAUGUUAAUAGCACGAGCAGAGAACUACGUAUCAGCUUGUAACUUCAAACCAGCUUUGGAGCGCCACAAGAAUGCCUUGAGGCUUGCCAGGAAAUUGCAACCUACAGAUUGGAGAGCACUAUUACGUGUUCUUCAGCAUAUUGGAACUCUACUCCUCAGUGAGGGAAAGCGGGUCGAGGCAAAGCCAUAUGCUGAGGAAAUGUUGGAAGUCUGCAAGAAGAUGCCACAUAUGUCUGAUUAUUACAUCAGAGGGAUGACCGACGCUCUCCAUAUACUUAGCUCUUUUGAUAGCCAGAAAUCGGAAGCAUUGCUGCUAAAAGUGCUCCAAGAAAGGUGGCCUCGUAUAUACAAAAGCGUGAUCAACUGCUGUACAGAAACUAGUGCAAUUGAGGAUGGAAGCGAUGACCACGCAGCCCGAAUUCUAGAAUGUCUGGUAGAGUGCUGGUGUGUUGCUCUCAAAACAAACAAACCAACGAUUAAAAACCCAGCAGAAAUGAGCAAGGUACCCAUGUACUUGACAAUAGCGAAGAUUGCAUUAGCAAUUCGAACAAAGUUCUACGGUGAAACGCACUCAGGCCUACAAACCGCCUAUAGAAAUUUAAUAGCAGUUCACCUUAUCGGAGGAAAUAAAGCUGAAGCCCAACAUUGCAUGCAGUUGUUAGAAGAGUGUAGUGCAGAAGCAAAAGCAGAGGUCCGCCAGGGCUUGCCACCAUGUGAUUCUGUUAUGUAUGCUACCCGAAAACGAAAAGAGUUAGGUAAUAAGUCAUUCAAAGUCCACGAUUAUGAUCAGGCAUAUUUACGUUAUUCUGAAGCUUUAAGUUUGUCUCCAAAUGAUGCCAAGUUGCUGACUAAUAGAGCUGCAACAUGUUUAAAACUAUCAGAGAGACAAUGCUCAGUGGAUGAUAAACAGAAAUGGCUUAGAUAUGCCUUGGAUGAUUCGCAGAAUGCUAUAAAGAACGAUCCUGCCUGGGAAAAGGGGUACCGUUGGAAGGCUGUCUGUCUUGCUCAUCUUGGCAAACGAGAUCCUAGUCUUGCUACAGCUGCGAUUGCUCGGCAUCUUUUCCCAUCGAAAUGCACAAUCAUUCCAGCAGUCGUGGAUCGCUUUGGAAACUUUGAUGUACAUGUCGUUAACACAGUACAAGACUUUCAAUUUCCAACAGAGAAAACAGAUACUCGAAAUCUAGUCAUUGUGGUGAAUGAAGGACGGUACCAGCUAACAGACCCCCUGACGAUCCCAAAAAAUACGAUAAUGGUUGGUCAUGGCAACGUCCAAAUAACGUGCUAUAGUGGUGUUCCACUUAGGUCCAAGAAACCCAUUUACAUGGAGAACAUUGUACAAUCAUCUAUAGUUGAGUCCAUGCAAAGUCUUAAAGAAACUGCGAAGGCGCACCUCGAUCGCGGCCAAUUGGACGAAGCACUGGCGGUGUAUGACAAGUGUCUGGCUCUAUGUCCAAACAAUUCAAAGAUUCUAACUAGCAGGGCGUCAACCUAUUUAAAAUCUGCCCAACAACAAAAAGGUAGUCCGUUGGAGAGAAAGUCUUCGCUGCAGCUUGCAUUAAGCGAUACUGAAGCUGCCAUCAAAGCUGACCCUUCCUGGCUACUUGGUUACCGUGCCAAUUCUGUAACCUUGGCAGAGCUGGGCAGAAAGCCAGAAGCACUAGCUGCUGCUGCAGUGUUUAAACACUUGAGCCUAGGUCGGGAUAUCCCGGAAGUCACUCAGCACUAUGGAGAGAUCCAGGUCCAUGUUUUGGAAACUUCAGAUCAGCUGCGAUGUGUUAUUCAAAAUGUAGAGAAGGUUGAGGGGAAGAACCUAGUCGUUGUCAUAAAGGAAGGCGAGUAUCAGUUGGAGAGAAGUGUUGAAAUUUCAGUAGACAUCGUGAUCGUUGGUCUCGGGAGAGUAUCGAUAGCGUGCAAGAGAGGAGAUCCUUUCCGGUUUACAGCAGCAUGUCAUGUUGAGAAUGUAGAAAUGACUACGGACUGUGACAGCCAGGAGGAAUCCCAUGAGUGCAGCUCAAAUGAUACUGAACCAGAAGUGAUACGUCUGGCCACACCGUCCGGGUACGACAACACAAGUAAUGAAUGUAAAGUGGACUAACCGUCCUUUGAAAAGCUUAUUUUACAGGAACAUAACCGAGAACGUUUGUCUUGUGAACUGAACUCCUUUUACUUAAACAAACUCAGAGCAUGCUAAAUUAUCUAGUUAUCCUGUCUGGAGACGACUGACUAAACAAUUGACAGCAUGCAUAGUUGUAGCAAUAUUGUUUAAACGCUUGAACGAACAAGAUGAGGCCAUGCACCUAAGGCGAUUGAGUUGCGGUGCGGUCCCUUAAGUUACUAAAAACUGAAUAUAUCAAGCCUUUAGACAGACAAUUCAAAAGCCAAUCAGAAAAAAUGAGUUAAAAUUUCAAUAGCAUUGAAAAAGCAGAUGAGAAACAAACGAAACGUUCUGUUCCAAAAUACUGGCGACCAUUUUACGCUUAAAGAUUAUUUCUAGAUGAAGGGAUUAAUAAAUCUGUAUAAGGGAAAAACAUUGUCAAAGUAUGUGAGUGCUGAGAUCGACUUGGAUCCGGUUAUCAUUGUAAACGAGGAAG